ACGGUUCUUCUUUUCGAAAUGACUUUAUAUAAAUUUGAAAUAAAUUGUUUUACCAUGCGGUUUUUAAAUAUUUUUUGUCGGAUUCCAAUAAUAUUACAAAAAGUAUCUAAUUUAAAAGAAAUAAUAAAAAUUAUAAAAUUAUAAUAUAAAAAUUGGGACAGGUAUUUUCUUUAACUAAAUAAUGCUCAACACUAAUGAAAUAAAAUUUUAAAAGUUAAAAAUAUUAAAACUGACAAGUCACAAAAUCAAAAUUAUAAUUGAAAGUGUAAGCAUUUUAAAAAUAAUUAAUAAUAAAGUACUUAUGGUUUGAAAUACUAAAUAAUUAUAAAAUUUUAUUGAAAUUUUAGUAAUUAUCGAGCAUAAGUUUUCUUUUUUUAAAAUCUUUUAAUUUAUCCAGUUGAGGAUGUUUUUGAUUUUAGAAUUUGGCAGACGCAUCAAGAAAAUUUCAGAAUUAUAAAAAAAAAAAUUUAUUGCGCAUAAACAACAAGUGUCCUAUAAGAAUGUUUUGGAGAAUUUUUUAUAUCUUAUUGGUCGCAACAAAUUUUACUGUAUCUCUAGCCCCAAGUAAUAUUCUCAUAUUGAUAUUAAGUCAACAAAAUGAUUACAAUAUUCAACUAGCUUAUAAUUUACGUUUUGAUCUUCUUAAUCAAUCUUUAUUGUUUUCAAGAGAAAAUUUAAUCAAUGUUUACCUUACUCAUGAAGUUUUCAGUCAUAUCGGAGAUUGGACCAUCUUAUAUUUACUACCCAGUUUAAUGAAAACAAAUAUAAUUAAUGAAAAUAUUAAAUGGAUUCUUUUCUGUGAAGAUCAAAGUAAAAUUAAUUUAAAAAAUCUAAUUAAAGGUUUAAGUACAGUAGAUUAUACAAAGGAAAUCUAUUUAGGGCAUGCUUUACAUGAUCAGGAAGCAACUAUUAUUCAUCAUUUCGCAUUUUACGAAAAUCCUAAAUGGUUUCCCUAUCCAUUGUUGAGAGCUGGAGUAGCAUUUUCAAAACCUUUAUUAAACACUCUUGGAAAUCUCAUAACUGAAAAAACAAGACUACCUCGAACCGAAUUUUUUAUCGAUGCAUCCCACGAAUUAUCCUUUUUUAUUUGGCAAAAUAUCAAAAUUGAAAAUAAUAAAUGGAAAAUUUCAUCCUUAACCAUAAAAGAAAACAAACUUAAAAAUUCUAUAAAAACAGUAAAUGAAGAUUCCAUAACUGAUGAUAAUCAUUAUAGUACUUCCGAUAAAAUAAAAAUAAAUACGGAAUCAAAUUUGAAAUACAAUAGUAUUCCUAUGAAUACAAAUAGUAAAACACAGCACAUAGUUAUUGAUAAAGACAGUAAAAAUAGAUAUUUAGAUAAUAAAAAAAAAACUAUAUUUGCCGAAUAUAAUGAACAUCCAAAUGUGCAAAACAAACGGAAUGAUGUCAAAGAUACUGUAGCACAAUAUGAUAAAAUGAAUGGCAUUGGUACGAAUAGUAAGAAUUGGAAUAAUAACAGAGUCAACGAUAGCACUAAUAGUAACAGUAGUAAUCAUAAUAAAAAUAAAGAAAAUGUAAAAACAAAGGAAGUAGACAACGUAAAGAAGAAACUUCUCCUCGUCAACGCAUCAUCAUAUUUUUGUACAAAAGAAGAUAGUAAUUGUGCUGUUUAUCCAAAUAUAAUUCAAGGAAAUAGUUCUCUUUGUAUGGCUAUAACUCCGCAAAAAAUAUAUUUUGCAAUCAAAACUUGUCACAAAUUCCAUAAGGAGAGAAUUCCUAUAAUCGAAGCUACCUGGGGUCCACAUGCUCCCGUUAAAAGAUAUUUUAGUGACAUGCAAGAUUUGUUUAUUCCGACAAUAAUUACUGGAAUUCCAAAUACUGAUUCAGGUCAUUGCGCAAAAGCGUUAAAAAUUAUUAAAAUAGCUGUGAACGAAAUAGAUAUUAUGAAUAAAAAAAAUAAGAUUAAAAUCGAUUGGAUUGUUCUAUCAGAUGACGACACUUUGUUAAGCAUUUCCGCAAUCUGUGAUAUUCUGGGAUGUUAUAAAUCUGUAAAAUAUGUUUAUUUGGGAGAACGUUAUGGUUAUAGAAUACAUGCUAAAGAUGGGUUUAAUUAUAUUACGGGGGGCGGGGGUAUUGUCUUUAAUAUUCCAACAGCUCGUAUUAUUAUAGAAUACUGCACUUGCCCGCAAGAUUCCUCACCUGAUGAUAUGAUAAUUGGAACAUGCUUAAAAAAUCUUGGUAUAAUUCCAAUUCAUUCUUCGAAAUUUCAUCAGGCUAGACCAAUUGAUUACCCAACCGAAAUUUUAAAAAUUGAAACUCCAGUAUCAUUCCAUAAAUUCUGGCAAAUUGAUCCAGUCGAUGUAUAUAACACAUUUUUAUAUGGAAAUUUGAGCCGGACACUACCUAUCAUAUAUAAAUAUAAACAGAAGAAAGAAAACUUAUUUAAAACUCUUGAUAGUAACUUUAGUAAAAACUGUGAUAAUAUUCUAGAUUGUAACAAAAUUUCAAUUAAAAUAAACAAGCUCCAAAGUUCAAAAAUCAAAGAUGAAAAUUUGGAACAUAGAAGGAAACUACAAGCAUUUUCCAAAUCUACAACUCUGCUACCCAAAACAAAACUGUUUCAACAUAUCGAUCUUUAA